AUGGCUGCUCCUCCCAUUCUUCCAGUCGCUGCCCCGAUGAAACCUCAUGGUAAAAAGAUCGAGGAUUUUAGGCCAGGAUACCCGAGGUUUACCUCACUUAUCUCGUCGCAUGAUUCUUUCUUCCUGUUUCGGCGGUUUAGCAGGCUUCGAGCUCGCCUUCUCUUGAUAAAGCAAAACAAGUUGGCUGUCCUAGAGAAGAAGCUUGAUGAUAUUGAUGAUGCAGAAACCUUUCCACUCUUCCUGGGCAAGAGCAGUAUCGACAAAAACCAAGAUCGGCUAUCCGUAUUGGCUGAUAUAGAAUCGAAUCUGGCUGAAUAUGACGAAUUAUUAGAGAGAACAGAAAGAACACUCAGCUUUGCUCGUGCUGAGCCAAGAGACAUACAAAGCCUGAAGAGAUGGGUUGAUGGCAACGGAUGCGUGGCUAAAGACGAGACCUCGUACCUAUUGAAUGAGAAGGACCUGCUCUCGUUGUCCCCCAAGCUUGAUAACGCCAUCGCCCGGUUCGAAGACUGGAUAGAGGACAGGGUUGUGCAAUUCCUCCGGCACUCGAAAAUGGCAAGUCCAAGAAUCAUAAGCAGCCAUGUCUCAUCGGAUCCAAACGUCCAUAUAUACUCUGGUCCAUACAUAAAGCGUGCCGCAAAGACAUUGCUGAUAGGCUUGGCCACCGCGUUGCUGCUACUUCCCAUAGUGAUCUGCAACCUUGUCACAGAUCUUUCUAUGCGUCUGAUGAUAGUGAUACUCUCGACGGUUGUCUAUCUAAUCGUUAUUUCUGGGUUGACUCGUAUCAAGACGAUUGAACUUAUUGUCGCCGGAACAACAUAUGCGACUGUUCUCACUGUUUUUGUGUCAGGGACAGACGGAAAAUAG